AUGAACGCCAAAGUCGGUCUCUGGUCUCUCGGUAGGAGACAUCCUUUACAACAGAAUGCCCUGCAUCCUUUACAACAGAAUGCCCUGCGGGCUGGUGCGAAUACAAGAUCUUGGCCCAUGUCCCGGAGAUAUUUGAAGACAGGAGAGAAGAGUGCCUUGGUAGGUCUUUAUGCAAAGUCAGGCAACUAUUUCCUCUGCGAGCCCGGAGAAAGGUGGUUUGUGCGUACUCAGGGGCUGGGGGGCUACCGAAAGAUAACGGAAAGACAGGCAGCCGAGCCGGCCUUCCCUGCCCUGGAGACACUCAAGUCAGGCGUGGACUCUGGCCCCAAGCAGCCGUGUGCGCUUGGGCUGACUGCCUACCGUUCUGAGCCACCGUCUCCUCUGGAGGUAAAACGAAAAGAGAUCACGUCACUGUUUGUCAAGGGCCUAGUACAGCGCCUGGCGCGCACAACAACCCCUCCCCGCUGGGACGGCAGAGAAAACCCGAGCCCGCAGACGGCACCUCGCUCCCGUUCCCCUGCAUCAAGCCCUCCAGCCCACGGUGCCCCCUUCCUCCCGCAGAGGCACAGCUGUACCUGCUCAGGUGUAAAGCUACACUGUGCUAUAGACGGAUCUGGAAGACCUGCGUUCCCACCGCUCCGUGUGUUGGCAGCAGUGGGACCAAGGACUUUGCCAGUUUUAAGCUGCAGGGCUUGGAACCAGAAGAGAGACAAGGUCCAAGAGGAGAGAAGCUCGCCUGGAGAAUGGAACGGGCAAACUCACUCUGACACUGGCUUUUUUCAAGCCCUGUUUUCUUCCCUUCAGCUCCGAGUUUGGACCCGUGAGCUUCCCUUCCUGCUGCCGGCUUCAGCCGGGCUUUUGGCUUCUCUAUCCCUCAGUGACAAAAUCAUGUCAACGGCUCUGCACUCACCAGGGUUAACUGUGGAAAUCAGGUGCAAUGCUCUGGAAACUUUGCACAUGUUCGUUGUUGUUAUACUCGAGCCACGUCUGCAUGUUCAAGGGUUGGGAUGUUCCUCGUUAAGAGAGCUUUCCAGUCAAAUGAAGGACUUACUUUAUUACUGAGAAAUGCUAAUUUCACUUGUUACUCGGUAACAUUUGGUGUCCACUCCACCAGUAUCCUAAGUGUUUUACCUGGUUAUCUGUGACAUUGGUAUUUUAUUUUUCUCCAUUUUACACAUUCAAAAAUUAAGUUUGGAAGAUGAAGUCGUCUGCCCAAGGUCGUCUAUUUUAUAAAAAGCAGAGCUGGGAGUCAAAACUGAUGCCAAGCCUUUGUGGUCAACCACAACAUACAAGAUUGCACAGACAGCCGAUGCUUCACAUCCUUUCUCCUGUUCACAACUGGCUGUCUCUUUUUACUGUACGUUUUUAGAGAUAGGGUAGUGUAUCGAUCAUAAAUCUUUCUUAUUACAAAAUAACAGUUGUCUCUUCAGGGCUGUCCAGUUAAGUGGGGGUAGGGUGAAGGGGGUUAGGACGGUGAUUCCUCUCUACAGUAAGUGCCCAAGAAAUGAGGAUCCUAAUUAAUGCUUAAAAUAAAAUGGGAAAACUGGAAAGUACUUA